AUGGGUAUCAUAGAAAAAAUCCAGCAGAUCCAAGAGGAACUUGCUCGUACGCAAAAGAACAAGGCUACCGAGUACCACAUUGGUCUUCUUAAAGGUAAACUUGCGCGGUACCGCCAACAACUUCUUGAGCCAGCCCCAGGAUCCUCUAGUUCUCCAGGUCAAGGUUUUGAAGUAUCAAAAAGUGGUGAUGCACGUGUAGCUCUUAUCGGUUUUCCCUCCGUUGGUAAAUCAUCUCUUCUUUCUAAAAUCACCAAGACUAAGUCGGAGGUGGCCCAAUAUGCUUUCACAACUCUUACAUCUGUUCCUGGUGUUCUUGAAUAUAAUGGUGCUGAGAUCCAAAUUCUCGAUCUGCCUGGUAUUAUUCAAGGUGCCUCUGAGGGCAAAGGUCGUGGUCGUCAGGUUGUUGCAACAGCUAAAACUGCUGACUUGAUUCUCAUGGUUCUUGACGCUACCAAACCUGAGGAGCAGCGUGUCAUUCUCGAGCGAGAACUUGAGGCUGUUGGAAUACGUCUUAACAAGGAACGACCCAACAUCUAUCUUAAGAUCAAAAAGACUGGUGGUGUCAAGUUCAAUGCUAUUUCGCCCCCCAAAUACCUGAAUGAACGCCUUGUUAGUGAUAUCUUGAAGGACUACAAAGUCCACAAUGCUGAAGUUCUUAUCCGCGAUGAAAAUUGCACGGUCGAGGACUUCAUUGACAUUAUCAAUUCAUCUCACCGCUCUUAUAUUCCCUGCCUUUAUGCUUACAAUAAGAUUGAUGCUGUGUCGCUUGAGGAAGUGGACAGAAUUGCCCGACAGCCCCAUUCUACCGUUAUUUCUGUUGCCAUGGACCUUGGUCUCGACGAUCUGCUAGAGCGUAUCUGGGCGGACCUGUCACUUCUCCGUAUUUACACUAAACCCAAGGGUCAAGCCCCGGAUUUUACGGAACCUAUGGUCGUUCGCGCAGCCCACAACUCGGUGGAAAAUGUGUGUGAUUCUAUUCACAGAGAAAUCAAAAAUAAGUUCCGGUAUGCCAUGGUCUGGGGUGCCUCCACCAAGCACAGUCCACAAAGAUGUGGUCUUCAGCACAGGGUGGCUGAGGGAGAUGUUAUCACACUUUUUACAAAAUCUUAA